UGGGGCACAUGUGACAAUCACGAAUGUAAACAAAGGACUUUUGACUGCUAAUUCUACAACUUGAAUGUAAAGAAAAUAACAUUGCUAUAAUUUUGUUAAUCUUUCUUUCUUAAAUUGAAAACAAAUUUUGUGUUUCAAGAUAGAACAAUGGUCAUUCUUUUGGUAUCUGUGACACCAAUCUCCAGAAAUCUCCAGAUUGCGUUCCAGCGCCUCCAGUGAAACCUCUGGUAGAGCCUCCAGUCAAGAAUUUCUACUGGAGGCGCUGGAACAGGCAUGAUUCCAGUUGCAUAGUGCAGUGCAGGAAGAGGAAAAAGCUGGAAGCAAGUCCCAGCCAGAUACCCAACAGCCAACUGAUACAGAUACUGUAUGAGAUAAUUUCCAACUGCUGUAAACAAGCCUGCAUUUGUCAUGAAGCUAUUGAAUUACCAGGUGGUGUUCGCCAAGCCCCCAGGUGUCAACGGCGCACCUGCCGAGGACAACUUCCGGUACGAGAGCUGCGAGUACCCGGCCGACCCGCCGCCGGGUCACGUGCUCGUACAGAACCUUUACCUGUCCGUGGACCCAGCUCAGAGAUGUCAGAUGAACGAGUCCACGGGCGCCGAGUACCUGUUGCCAUGGCAACUGGGGCAGGCGAUCCCCGGCCUGGGCGGCGUGGGCAAGGUGCUCAGCAGUAACGACGACGGCUUCAGCACCGGGGACAUCGUCAUGUCCGGCUUCUUCGAGUGGCCCUGGAAACUCUAUUUCACCAUCGAGGCCGACAAGAUCAUGAAGGUGGACGAGCGUCUGGUCGGUAAGCGGCUCUCUCUGCCUAUCUCGUGCCUGGGCCUGGUCGGGCUGACGGCCCUGUUUGGGAUCACGGAGCGCUCCCAGUUGCGCUCACUGCCUACAGAUGGCAGCAUCAGGCGCACCCUGGUAGUGAGCGGGGCUGCCGGCGCCUGUGGACACAUUGCCGGCCAAAUCGGCAGACUGGAGGGCGCCGACCGGGUGGUGGGUAUCUGUGGCUCGGACACAAAGUGUCAGUUCCUGACGACGCAGGCCGGCUUCGACGCCGCCAUCAACUACCGCUCGGAGGACGUCUCGGCCCGGCUGGCAGAGCUCUGCCCGGACGGCGUGCACAGCUACUUUGACAACGUCGGAGGACCCAUCAGUGACGCCGUCAUAGCGCAGAUGGCCCCCGGCGGCGCUGUGGUGCUCUGUGGCCAGAUCUCGGCCUACAAUACGGACGCACCCUACCCGCCGCCGCUACGGCCCGAGGUGCAGCGGCUGGUCGACGAGCGAGGUAUCGUUCGCGAGAGGUUCCUCGUGCUCGAGUAUCAGGACCGGUUCGCCGACGGCGUGGCGCGCCUGGCCCGAUGGCUGGCCGCCGGAGCCAUCAAGGUGUUUGAGACAGAGGAGGACGGUCUCGAGAACGCCGGCAAGGCCUUCUGUUCGAUGAUGUCGGGCGGGAACAUCGGCAAACAGAUCGUGAAAGUCAGUGACGCAUAGCCGCCGCUUCCGCUGCCGCCGUACAGUGCUGCCAUCUACACUGAUGCUAGUGGCAUCUGGCGGCAAACUUCCAGACUAGGAGGGAGUAGCCGGUAGGUGAGAAAGAUUCAGCGAAGCUGUGAGUGUGAGGCUCGGGCGAUAGGCAUUGGUGUGGAAGUGGUGGCUUUGUGAUAGUCAUUUUCUCAGCCUGUGUGUCCUAGGAUUGGUUCGAGCUUCGGUUUAUGGUCCAGCGUACUUUUGACGUGACGGUAACGUAUUGUUUUCGGGUCAAUAUUCAGUUGUGGUAAUCGAUUGUGUGUUACAAUUCCCUUGUAUGGUGCUGGUACAAAACAUGUCGGCUUAAGCUGCCAUCUUAUGUGUUAUUGAUUUAAUCUACAUAAGCAUUUGUCCUUUUGCACCAUUAAAUCCAUAAGGACAAAGUAAGAAUGCUCAGUAUAACGCAUUGUUUCGUUAUAAGACAUGAAGUAUCAAUUUAUGUACAGUAUACACCUUCACAUAUCCUGGAAGUUAUAGAAUUUGAUAUGCCAUACUUAUCACAUACUAUUGGUUACAGUUUUCAUCUAAACUUUUUUAAGACGAGUUGUCCAUGCGGCUACGCUCUGUCACUGUCCGACUAUAUUGGUUUAUUCUAGACACGAGCUACUUUGAUUUGAACUGACGCCGGCGUUCAGCUGAAAUCAGUUGCCAGAGAGUAUUCGAACAAUGUAUGGUUUAGUGUCCCGAUUCUUGUGUUAUGUGAUAAACGGUACGCUGUGUCUUGAAUAUAUUCAUCCCCACUGA